AACCAAGCAGAAAUGUCACUCCAUUCACGUUCUCAACAGCAAUCUACGGCUCAAGCUACCAGUACUCGCUCUCCUCUCAAAAAACUUCGUAUUGCAUUCAUUCAUCCAGAUCUCGGAAUCGGUGGCGCUGAGCGUCUGGUGGUGGACGCAGCUGUUGGUUUACAAAAGCGUGGUCAUCAAGUUCAAAUCUUUACUUCCUCACAUAAUCCAACUCGUUGUUUUCAAGAAACUAAAGAUGGAACACUUCAAGUCAAUGUUUGGGGCAACUCAAUCUUCCCUCGUGCACUUGCUAAUCGAUUCAUUACUAUCCUAGCCAUCCUUCGACAACUCCAUUUAUCCUUUCAAAUCAUUAUAAAUCUAUGGCUCUCUUACCUUCGACUCUCAUCACGAUCAACGGAAUUUGACGUAUAUUUCAUUGACCAACUCUCGGCUGCUAUUCCUUUGCUACGUUAUGUAACACGUACACGGGUGGUAUUUUAUUGUCAUUUUCCUGAUCUUCUGCUUUCGACACCUAUCUCUACACCUCUUCAAUCUCCUUCAACUGGAAUGAUUCAUCGCUUGAAAUCGAUUUACCGGAUUCCCCUUGAUUGGAUAGAAGAAUAUACCACUGGCGAGGCAGACAAGAUCCUUGUGAAUUCUCAAUUCACAGCAAAAGUGUUUCAGGAUACGUUCAAGUCUCUUAACCGUAUUCCACGAUGCGUAUACCCCGGGGUGGAUGUUGAGCUUUAUGCUCGUCCUACUGAUCAUAUCCUCAAAAAGCCUCUCCAUUCAGCACGCCCUACGAUUCUUUCAAUCAAUCGGUUCGAAGACAAGAAGGACUUGGGAUUAAUCCUUGAAGCUUUUAUCAUUUUCAAACGUUCUAAUUCCGAAACCAAUCCAUCUACUUCUCCAAGACUCAUCAUUGCCGGUGGUUAUGAUCCUAGACUUUCUGAUAAUCGAGAUACGUUGGCCCGCCUGAAAACUCUUCUCGAUGCACCUGGUUCACCCUCUUAUGCGCUUUACGACCAAACCUAUAAUUCUACAACAGAAGAAUCACCUGAUGUACUUUUAAUACCGAAUAUUGAAGAGGCAGACAAACGUGCACUUCUCCUAGCGCCUUCGACUCAUUUACUUGCUUAUACAGCUGCCAAUGAACAUCUUGGAAUCGGACCACUUGAAGCUAUGGCAUCUGGAGUACCUGUCCUUGCAGCCGAUUCAGGUGGACCAAGAGAAACAGUAGCACAUGAGAUCACAGGAGAACUUCAAGCACCUAUUCCAAGUCUUUGGGCAGAAGCUUUGGAUCGAUUGCUUGGAAUGAAACCGAACGAACGAUCUAAGAUGUCAGAAGAAGGAAGAAAUCGAGCUAGAAAGAUGUUUUCGACUGAUUCAAUGAUUAAUGAUUUCGAAAUUGCUCUCUUGGAAACUGUUAAUCAACCAAUUGAUCAACCAAACAGAUUAGAUAUUUGGCAAGAAGAAAGGUUGUUUAAAACUUUGGCUGUCUUGACGAUUCCGAUGAUUACUUUUUGGGUUGGGGUAUGGGCCAUUUGGAUGCGAUUGAGUGAUGGGACUAGGGACCUAGAGUAAUUUAAAGGUGCUGGACAUCUGAAGAAUGUAUAAUAAUUAAUUAACUUUGCAUGAUUUUUUUUUCAGAGGUUGGGUACAUCAAGACAUUUCAUGAUGAAGACACCAUAUAUUAUUUUUAACUCAUUUGGACAUCUUUAUUUAUGCAUAGUAGUAUUUUUUUAUCAAAAUGAUCAUAGCAAUCAGUUGGUUUGUUGAAUCUUUUUCAAAGGUAUUGCAAAUCAUGUCAAAAGUAAUCAAGAUAUAUUGCAUAUGACAGAAAAUUGUUAGAUGUCAGAUUAGGAUUAUAUAGAUUGUCAAGUGAUUUCAUUAGAAAUAACAUCAUCAAACAGAGCCAUGGCCCAUAUCUUAUAGCAAUAAAUGACUAGCAUUGAUGUUGACUCGAG